AUGGCUCGACACCAGGUCACCGUCCCUUCGGGCCCGCCCCAACCUCAGCCUCGGUGCCAUCUCUUCAGGGUGCCAGCCGAACUUCGCAAUUCCAUCUAUUCGCUUGCGCUCGCUGUCACGCCGGACCAGUAUGGUCAAGUCGCAAUCAGGAGACAGAGAAACAAAUCAGACUCUAUUCUCCAAUUACUCGGCACUUGUCGCCUCGUAUACCAAGAAGCUUCGAGCCUGUUCUAUAGCGAACACAAGCUUCGCAUCGGCUUCUUGGAGCUUGGCUAUUCACAGGUUACAGCGGCCGACUUCAAGAUACUGGGUAACAUAGCCCUCUACGAAUGGACGGCCUUCGUGACCUCACUAUACUUGCGAAAGCUGUCGGCGUUGCAGACACUUGCGAUCAAGAUCGAGUCGGACGAACGCGGACAGUCGCUUGGCGGUUCGGAUUCUUGGUUGAAGAAUGAGAUGCCUCUGCUGAGGCAAUCCGUCAGCAGACUGCGAUCAGUCCAGACGUUCCGCUUCUUGAUUCCGGACGAGCUCACAUUCCCGCAUCGCGAUGAUUGGCAGAAGGCUCUAGGUGGAAUUGUUGCUGCUCUACCGAGUAACAAGAGGUCGUAA